UUCAUCUCUUAUUCCCCAAUAUAGUCUUAGAUUCUCGAUCAUUCUAUUCACUCCGUGUCUUCAAUAUCUUCUUACAUUCCUUUACCACACAUUACAAAGUUCAAGUGUGUUAUUUCCUAGCUAGAGGAGGAAUGGCUAGGAUGAGGUUAUUAUCAGCUUUGGUUUCUUUGGUUUUGUUGUUGAUGAAGUGUGUUCAGGUGCAAGGUGACACUGAUAGUGAUCAUGCUAGAAACUUCAUUACGUGGGAAGACUUCAUGGUUGAUGAACAAGGUAUAACAUCCAAUGUUGGUGGUCGAAUUAUUGUGGUCGACCAAACUGGUAACGGAGAUUCAACGACUGUUCAAGGGGCUGUAGAUAUGGUUCCCCAAAACAACACAGAAAGGGUCAAGAUAUACAUUUAUCCUGGAAUUUAUAGAGAAAGAGUGCAUGUGCCGAAAAGCAAGCCGUUUAUUUCAUUUAUAGGUAAACCUAAUAUAACAAUGAAUGCGAGAGGGGCAAAUAUAACGGCGAACGCGAAAGCACUAAAGAAUAAUAUAACGGCGAAUGCGAACGCACUAAAUAUAACGGAGAUAGCGAAUGCCAUACCCAUCAUCACAAAUAGUACUAAGGCAUCAGACAAAGGCUCAGAUGGCCAAGAAAUGGGCACGGUUAGUACAGCAACUGUAUGGGUAGAAUCUGAUUUCUUCUGCGCAACUGCUCUUACAAUUGAGAAUUUGGUAGAUAAAGAUGCAGAUAAACGUCAAGCAGUAGCAUUGCGUGUAGACGGUGAUAAAGCUGUAUUUUAUCGAGUUAAGCUUGUGGGGGAGCAGGACACUCUCUUGGAUAGCACAGGAAUCCAUUAUUUCUACCGAAGUUACAUUCAAGGAUCCGUUGAUUUUAUAUGUGGCAACGCAAAAUCAUUGUUCCAUGAGUGUGUACUAGACUCUGUAGCUGAGUUUUGGGGAGCAAUUGCAGCUCAUCACAGGGAUUCAGAAGAUGAAGAUACAGGGUUUUCGUUUGUUAAUUGCACAAUCAAAGGAAGUGGUAGUGUUUUUCUUGGUAGAGCAUGGGGCAAGUAUGCAACAACAACAUAUUCCUACUGUCACAUGGAUGAUGUUAUUUUUCCUUUGGGAUGGAGCGAUUGGGGUGAUCCAUCUAGACAAGGGACUGCGAUGUUUGGGGAGUAUGAAUGCUCAGGAAAAGGAUCAAAUAGAACUGAGAGAGUGGAAUGGUCAAAAGCUUUAAGCAGUGAGGAAGCUAUGCCUUUCCUGAGCAGAGACUAUAUAUAUGGAGAUGGAUGGCUUAGACUAUAAUAGCCAAUUUACCUACUGUAUGAUAUACAUAUGCUUGCUUCUCUAUAUAUUCAUCUCUUUAUUUAUUUAUUUACAUAGCACCACGAAAAAAUGUGUGCUAACUAGCUUAGAUUUCAAGAGACAGAAGUUGUCAUAGAAUCCUAAUUAUGGAUAAUUGUAAACAAUUUUGU